AUGAGUAGCAACAACUUUCUAGAAUUCUUUAAGCCAUUCGAAUCAUAUCUACCAGAGGUGAUUGCACCAACCAGAGCAGUCCCAUAUAAUCAAAAAUUAAUGUGGACAGGUGUCACGUUAUUGAUUUUUUUGAUCCUAAGUCAAAUUCCACUAUAUGGUAUUGUCUCAUCUGAAACUGCUGAUCCUUUAUAUUGGCUACGUGCAAUGUUAGCUAGUAACAGGGGUACCCUAAUGGAAUUAGGUGUCUCUCCAAUUAUUACAUCUUCAAUGAUUUUCCAAUUCUUACAAGGUACCCAGCUAUUGACCAUUAAUAGAGAAAACAAGAGAGACAGAGAAUUAUUUGAAGUCGCUCAAAAGGUUUUUGCCAUAUUAUUGACUUUAGGUCAAGCUGUUGUGGUUGUGUUAAGUGGUAACUAUGGUAGACCAAGUGAUUUAGGAAUCGCCAUCUCUUUAUUGCUAAUUUUCCAAUUGAUUUUUGCCUCCUUUAUCGUCUUAUUAUUAGAUGAAUUAUUGACCAAAGGCUAUGGUUUGGGUAGCGGUAUUUCCUUAUUUACUGCCACUAAUAUUGCUGAACAAAUUUUUUGGAGAGCUUUUGCUCCUACAACUGUCAGUACAGGCAGAGGAACUGAAUUUGAAGGUGCUGUCAUUGCCUUUUUCCAUUUAUUAUUUGUUAGAAAAGAUAAAAAGAGAGCCUUAGUUGAAGCAUUUUACAGACAAAAUUUACCUAAUAUGUUCCAAGUUUUAAGUACCGUUGCCGUUUUCUUAUUUGUCUUAUAUUUACAAGGUUUCCGCUAUGAAAUCCCUGUCAAGUCCACCAGAGUCAGAGGUCAAGUUGGUAGCUAUCCAGUCAAAUUAUUUUACACUUCAAAUACCCCAAUUAUGUUACAAUCAGCGUUAACCUCAAACAUCUUUUUAAUUUCUCAAAUCUUAUACAACAAAUUUCCAACCAACCCAAUUGUUAGAUUACUAGGUGUUUGGGGUGUUCCAACAUCUGGUGGUUCCUUUGGUAGCGGUAAAGCUGCAUUGAGCGGUUUGGCUUACUAUUUACAACCACCCUUCAGUGCCAAAGAAGCUUUAACAGAUCCAAUUAAAUUUAUGUUUUAUGUUGCCUUUGUCUUGGGUUGUUGUGCCGUGUUUUCCAAAACAUGGACUGAAAUUAGUGGUACCAGUGCUAAAGAUGUUGCUAAACAGUUUAAGGACCAAGGCAUGGUUAUCAGUGGUAAGAGAGAUACUAGUGUGUACAAGACUUUAAAGGGUAUUAUUCCAACCGCUGCAGCCUUUGGCGGUGCAUGUAUUGGUGCUCUAAGUGUCGGUAGUGAUUUAUUAGGAACUUUGGGUAGUGGUACCAGUAUUUUAAUGGCCACCACCACUAUAUACGGUUAUUAUGAGAUUGCUGCCAAAGAGGGUGGAUUUACCAAAAAUUUGGUUUCUGGUAUUUCUGAAUUGAUGUGA